UCCCAUACGAAAAAGCCAACUUUACCCUCCAAAAAAAAGUCAAAAGGGAAAAGGAGAAAGCCAAUGAGAACCUACUCAUCUUCGCAGACCUUGCAAAAGGUCCACAGUAGAGGCUCUCCAAUUCUCAUCACAGCAAAUUCUCCUGAAAAUCUUCUUCCUGAGAUGGUUUUCAGGAGAGCUGUUGUUGUGUUCUUGGGUUGUCUUGGAAUAGCUUAUCAGACCUCAAAGUCUCCUCCACCUACACCGGCAGAGAGUACUAAUUCAUCAUCACCAUCUUCACCAUCAUCACCAUCAUCUUCUUCAUCAGAUGAUGAUCUAGUUGUUGGUACAUUAAGGGUCAGACUCAGUGAUGGAAGGUACUUGGCUUACAGAGAGAGAGGAGUCCCCAUCAACAAAUCAAACUACAAAGUCAUUAUUGUCCACGGAUUUGGCAGCUCCAAAGAUAUGAAUUUUAUGGCAUCCCAAGAGCUAUUGGAUGAGUUGGGGAUAUAUCUUCUGUUAUUUGAUAGAGCUGGGUAUGGAGAAAGUGAUCCAAAUCCAAAGCGCUCAGUAAAAAGUGAAGCAGUCGACAUUCAAGAACUUGCCGAUAAGUUACAAUUAGGAUCCAAGUUCUACGUAGUUGGAGUCUCACUAGGGUCUUACCCCACUUGGAGUUGCCUCAAACGCAUACCCAACAGGCUAGCAGGCGUGGCUAUGGUAGUUCCAAUGAUCAAUUACAACUGGCCUUCUCUUCCCAUUGAUCUGACUAAGGGUGACUACAGAAAAAGUCUUUCGCGAUGGAGCCUUAGGGUUGCACACUAUACCCCCGGAUUACUGCAUUGGUGGUUGACUCAAAAAAUGUUCCGGUCAUCAGCUGUGCUUGAUAGAAAUCCAGCAUUUUUCUGCCCCAAAGAUUUAGAGGUCUUGAAGAAUACCCCAGGUUAUCAAUUACUCUGCAAGAAUCAGUUGCAAGAGCCAAAUGUUUUUGACACUCACCGCCGAGACUUUGUUGUGGCAUUUAGCAAAUGGGACUUCGAUCCACUGGAUAUGAUUAAUCCAUACCCCAAAAAUGAAAGCACUGUUCACAUAUGGCAAGGCUAUGAAGACAAGGUUGUGCCAUUUUCAUUACAGAGAUAUGUUUCAAGAAAGCUACCAUGGAUUAGGUAUCAUGAAGUCCCUGAUGGAGGACACUUGCUUGUGUAUGAUAGUGUUGUAUGUGAAGCCAUUUUGAGGUCUCUUUUGCUUGGAGAAGAUCCUCCUCCAUUAUAUAGACCUGCUGUAUCUGUCAAUUAAAAUUGUUCACAUCCUUGUCAUCAGAUUGAUGACACCCUUGUUUGUGACUUUGAUUUCUAUACAAUUGACAUAACAUUUCUUUCA